AUGGUUGAUGCGGAUUGGAAGCCCUCAAUGGGUUUUGUUUACGGGGAGAUUAAAGUUGCAAAAGAAGAAAUUAUCAAAUCUUUGGGUGGAAACGAGAAACAUUACAAGCCUAUUAUAGAUAUCAUAAACACAAAGAUGAAAGGUCGGCUAGAUUCAACUUUACAUUUAACAUCUUAUCUUUUGAAUCCAUAUUAUCAUUAUAAGGAUCCACAACUCCAAUAUGAUCCCGAUGUAAUGGAUGCGGUUCUUGAUUUUUUUGAUACAUUAUUUCGUGGAGAUUUAGAGAUGCAAAGGCAAGUCGUAACUAUUGACUUGCCAAAGUACAAGAAAAAAGUUGAUAGAUUUAGUUGCGAUCUUGCAAUUAAACAUUGUAAAGUGAACGAUGCCGACUUUGAUCCGGAUUGCAAUGAGAUUCUUUCUUUAACUAGUAGUUCCUCGGGUUGUGAAAGGAAUUGGAGCACAUUUGAAGGGGUACAUACGAAGAAACGAAAUAGAUUGGAGACAAGCAAAUUGAACAAUCUUGUUUAUGUUCAAUUCGAUGCUAAUUUAAUGGAAAAAAACAAAAGGAGAAAAGAUAGAAACAUGGAAGUGCUAUUAGCAAAUCAUUCUUUCUCGGCUCAAGAAUGGAUUGUUGAUUGCGAUGAUUGUGAUGUAGAUGAAGUAGACCCAAAAACGGUUGAUGAAGCUCUAGCAACCGAUGUUAGUCAAGCACCCCGAGAAAGUCCAAGAACGAGGGAACUUUUAGAUGAAGAUUUCGAGUCCGAAAGUGAAGAGCAAGUAUUAGAAGAAGACAAAUACGAGUCGGAUGUGGUUCAAAUAAUGGAAGUAUGCGGAGAAGAUUAG